AUGACCAAAGACCUCCAACUAUCAAACAAGGAUGUACACUUGGAAGAUAUGAAAAAGGCAUUGUGUGGUGUACUCGAACAACUCGAUCAUGCAAAGAUGGAUUUGGAACAAUCGAAAAAGGACAAUGAAGAAAUAGAAUUACUCAAAUGCCAUUUAAAAGAGUCAGAGGAUAGAGUCGCUUCUCUUCAAUCUCAAAUACACGAAUAUGAAAGAACAAUACUCAUGUUUGAAGAAAGAUUCAAUCGUAUAGAAUCAAUAUUAUUUAAAGAAUCACCAAUUCCAUUUGUUAAGGAAAUCAUCAAUAAUCAUCAGAAUAAUAAUAAUACAACUACACCGUCUAUAUUAUCACAACACCAACAACAACAACAAUUAUCACCAUUGAAACCUUCCAAUAGUACGACAACCUCCUCAAGUACCACAACAGAGACUACAACCAGCACAACUACAACCACGACAACAUUACCACCAUCAUCACCAACAUCAUCAAUUGAACAACACAACUCCAUUAUAGUUGGAGACGAAGACGAAGAAGUAGAAAGAGAAUUUAUUAAAUUAUUGAAUAGUAGUAGUGAUAUUGAUGUCAUAGGUCUCUUUGAGUUUGGUACUAUCAAUGACAAGACUAUGGUUAAAUCCCAAGAAAUCUGUAUCUCUGAUUAG